AUGUGGUCUGCGGAUGUUCUACAAGUUCGGCGAAAGCCGCCGGAAAAUGACGAAGAUGCAUUUUUCCGCUGCAAGGGUAAAAUGAGUGGUAAAGAAUAUAAUAAACGAUUGAAUAUCGCGGCCGAACAAAAUGAAAUUGAAUUUAUAUUAGAUUCAAACAACUAUGAUGUUAAUAAAACUGUUGAAGCAUUUCAAAGUGGUGGAGCACCAGACGCAUUCCAAGAAUGGACCACAGUGAUAAAAAAAAGUCAAAAUCAUCGACAACAACUAAAGCAUCACCGAAAUCUGGAAUAA